GAUAUAAAGAUUAUUUAUGAAUUUACGCCAAUCAAGAGGAGCUGGAUUUUGGAAGAGGGGAUCGUUAAAGGGAUCUUUAAUCGCACGAGAAUUAAGUUACAAAGUAUUUGCGAAGUGGAUUGAAAAGAAGAAACAUGAAAGAAUAUAAAUAUGGACAACUCAUUGUUGAAGGAAAAACUAAAAAAGUGUAUGAGGUUCUAAAUGACUUUACUUUGUGUCUCCUACAAAGCAAAGAUCGUAUUACUGCUGGAGAUGGUGAAAAAUCUCAUGAUCUAAAAGGAAAAGCUGCGAUUAGCACAGCUACCACAGCUAAAGUUUUUCAAUUGCUAAAUGAAGCUGGAAUAAAAACUGCUUUUGUCGAAGUAGUAAAUGACACUACUUUUAUUGCACAAAAAUGUGAUAUGGUGCCAAUAGAAUGGGUCACUAGAAGAUUAGCUACUGGCAGUUUUUUAAAAAGGCAUCAAGGAGUUCCAGAAGGAUAUCGAUUUAAUCCACCAUUACAAGAAACAUUCUUUAAAGAUGAUGCUAAUCACGAUCCACAAUGGUCAGAGGAACAAGUUAUUUCUGCUGGUUUUAAAUUGAACGGUCUUACAAUAGGGAAAGAUGAAUUUGACAUUAUGCAACGUACUUCUCUUGUUGUAUUUGAAGUUUUGGAAAAGGCAUGGGCAACUAGAAAUUGUGCUCUCAUUGAUAUGAAAAUAGAAUUUGGUGUGAAUGAAAACCAUGAAAUUUUGGUAGCAGACAUAAUUGACAGUGAUUCUUGGAGACUUUGGCCAUCUGGAGAUAAGAGAUUAAUGAAAGAUAAACAGGUAUAUAGAAAUUUAACUACUGUAACCCAAGAAGAUUUGGAUACUGUGAAACAUAAUUUUAAAUGGGUAGCAGAUCAACUUGAUUUCCUCAUUCCACCAACAAAUAGUCUUGUUGUUAUUUUAAUGGGAUCACCUUCUGAUGAAGAUCAUUGUAAAACAAUUGCAAAACAUGCAAAGUCUUUAGGUUUAAAUGUUCAACUUCGUGUAUGUAGUGCCCAUAAAGGUACUGAAGAAACAUUGCGUAUUCUUGCAGAAUACGAAGGUAUUCAUACGAAGGUGGUGUUAAUAGCUGUAGCAGGGAGGAGCAAUGGAUUAGGUCCAGUACUUUCUGGCAACACAUCUCUGCCUGUUAUUAAUUGCCCACCUUUUAAGCCAGAAAACAUUUCGCAAGAUUUAUGGUCGUCCAUAAACGUUCCAUCAGGAAUUGGAUGCACCACAGUUGCUUAUCCUGAAAGUGCAGCAUUAGCAGCUGCUCAAAUUCAUGCACUGCAUGAUCAUUUGGUUUGGGCACGCCUACGAGUAAAACAAUUAAAAAAUUACAUCGCUUUAAAACAAGCUGAUGUUAAAUUAAAAAAUUUUAUUCUGUAAUAUGUUGUGUCAAAAUUCUUUCGUGUUUAAUAUCAACGAGAUUGCGCAACAUUAUUUUAAACGUAACAAAUAAUUGAGCAAUUAUUCAUACAAGUUUAUACAAACCAAUGUAUGAUAAAUGUUUUACAAUUCUUAAUUUCAAUCGAUGUGAUCUUUUUACAAUGAUAUUUAUGCUAUGUACAUAAAUAUUCAUAGUAUUUAGAUCAAUAAUUAUAUUUGAGUAAUUAUCAAGUGAGUAAAUUUAAUUUUGUAUAAAUGUUUAUAUUAGCACUCUUUGUGUAUACUAUAUUAUUGUUUUUCCUAAUUAUUCUUUAUUGGUUGCAAGUAUAUAACGUUCAUUUGUUCAACUUUCAACAAAUUUACGAAUAAAAUAAAAAUAUGCAUAA